UAGAAUUUUAGUAAAAAAUCAUACAAAUCCCAAGAAAUGUACGAUUUUGAAAGAAUAUGUAGAACAUGUUCAUCAGAGGGUGAAUUACAAUCAUUAUUUAUCGAAGAUCCCUUAAAAAUAGCGGACAUGUUAACUGAAAUCGUUGAUAUUAAGGUAAUUGAAAAUGAUAAUUAUCCACAGAAAAUAUGUACAAAUUGUUUGGAGAAAUUAAAUUCUGCAUAUAAUUUUAAAAAACAAUGUCAUGAAGUCCAUCAAAAAUUUAUAGAAUAUUGCAAUGGAAACAUUAAAAGUGAAAUAUUCGUUGAAGAAAACGCUAUUAAAACAGAAAAUUAUUUGAUUAUAGAAGAUGAUUUUAAUGAUAAUUAUCAAUCAGAAAAUAAUUACGAUGACGAUAAAACUAAUUUAACGACAGAAGUAGAAAUGGAAGGGAAAAUAAAUAAACAGAAAAAAACUAAGCGAAAAACGCAAAUGUGCGAAGUAUGCAAUAAAAAUGUAACCAGAUUAUAUGAACAUAUGCGAACACAUACCAAUGAAAAACCAUUUAAAUGUGAAAUAUGUCAACGAGAAUUUUCAUCGAGCUCAAAUUACAAAUUACAUUUAAGAACUCACACGGGUGAAAAACCUCAUGUUUGUAAAAUUUGUGAACGUAGUUUUAUACGUCGAAGUCGUUUAACGGAACAUAUACGCACACAUGAAAUACAAUCGAAUGCUAAAGAAAAAGUCUUAAAAGAAAAAUCACAUUUAUGUAAUUAUUGUGGGAAAGGAUUCACGACCCGACAAAAAUUAUUAUCUCAUAUCAAUAUUCACACGGGUGAACGACCCUAUAAAUGUAAAAUUUGUGAGAAAUCUUUUACACAAUGGACGGCAUUAAAUUCACAUCAAUUAACGCAUACGGGGGAAAAACGUUUUAAAUGUGCAUAUUGUGAAAAACAAUUUGCACAAAAAGCAACUUGUAACAGUCAUCAAUUAAUCCAUUCGGGGGAUAAACCGUAUAAAUGCGAUAUAUGUAAUCAAAGUUUUCGAAAAAAAACUUAUUUAAUCAAUCAUAGUCACACGCACAGCGGGGAAAGACCGUAUAAAUGUGAACUUUGUGAGAAAUCCUUCGCACAAAAAUGUACUUUAUAUCAACAUAAAUCAGUUCAUACGGGAGAGAAACCAUUUCAAUGUGAUACUUGCAGUUUAAGUUUUCGAUUACCUCAACAUUUGAAAGUACAUAAUCGAACUCAUACGGGGGAAAAACCCUUUAAAUGUGAUGUUUGUGAUAAACAAUUUGCUUUGAAGAAUAAUUUAACUGUACAUAGACGUACUCAUACGGGGGAAACCCCGUUUGUGUGUUCAAUUUGUAAUAAAGGAUUUUAUGAUUCAAGUAGUAUGAAAAAACAUAAGAGAAAACAUUUAUUAACGGAAAAUGAAAUGGUUGAAGAAAAAUAA